AUGAGCAACGGGUCUCCUUCAGCCUAUCUCCUCUGGGCCCUUCUGGCCGUCGCUAACGUCCAGUUCUUCGUCUUUAUGCUCAUUCACAUCUGGAAUUACGACAAAUUCAAGUGCUUACGAUGGGACUCGGGACGACAGCCCGGUGCUUUCAAACGGGUCAUGACAUAUUCGUACUUUGCUACGGUACCUCUCUUGAUGGUCUUCAGCGUAGCGAUGGCUGCGCUUAAAUAUCAAGAAGGCGCGCUCCUUCGUUCUUCAUGGAAAGAUCCUUCCUCGACCAUUUGCCCUCUGGCAAAAAUCUCACAUCCGGUGGAUGGUACCCCUUUACUUCGUUCUGAGCGUUGCUUGGGCACUGGAGCUGUAAGUGAUGUCUUGGUAGAUGCCAAUCGCUCAUCAUCCCGUAGUGUAACACACCUCGAAGAGCUGACAUUCUGGGUUUUCCUUCUCCAUCAAGGUCCCAAGAAACGUGAAUGGUUCUCUAGUUGGGAAUUUCGGGCUUGGUACAUUGGGAGUAUGAUCGCGAUCAUAGGCAUGCCCUUGACUACGUUAAUGAAACGACAUCAUAUUGAAACGACAGAGGCUUGGAUAUUCACCGCAGGAGCUUCCGCUGGAACGUUUACGACUGUCUGCUUUCUAUAUGUGUUGUGGAACUUCCCGCGCUUUAUCCGGAGCGUGAAAGCCGAGGGGGCCGUCCCAGAUGUGGUCGUGCGACUCUCUACAUUCUACCACCUCAACUGCAUCCGUGUUGUCUUCCGUUUCCUCUUUACAGUGCCGCUGUUGACCCUCGCGUUGGAUGCCUUGGUCGACCAGAAGCGUUUUCUGGUUGUGUCUAGUCCGUUCUGGUCAGAUAUAUUUCUGAUGACGGGAGGCAUUGGCUGCUUCAUCAGCUCCGCUAUUACCAUGCUCAUCUUCUUCCCCCGCUCAAUAACGUCUGAAGCCGGCUACAAAGCUCGCCUGCCGAGUCAAAACUCGAAGCGGGCCGCUGUUGCAACCCCGCUCCCUGACUAUGAACACCACGAGACUCCCAUAUCCUCACCUAAAUCCAUCCACUCAUUCUCGCGCCCUCCGCCACAACCACUCGGCUACGAGGACAGCCCUUCCCCUCCAGCGGGAGACAGGGAAGCCCAGUUGUUACACCACCAACAUCGUCCCUCUUCUGGCGUGGCACGUUCCGAAGAGACGGUUACUGUCUGGGACGGAGCCUCGCGCAAGCCUACGGCCUCGACCUCAACUUCAGUCCGGUAUCCCGCUGCCAAUACCCCGGUCAUGGUGGAUGGGGUCCCGAUUUAUGUAGACGACGCGUCUGCCCCCCAGUACGGGCGGGUGCACCACUAUGCUAUGAGUUUCACUUCCCCGAUCGACCUUCCGGAGGAGACCAACGACCGAUGA